CUUCUCUCCCUCUUUCGCGGGAUCUCUGGGUCGUUGAGUAUUUUUUACUUUUUCCGCUCUGCUGCCGAUAGGAGAGCAAACGCGCAACGCGGAGAGAGCAAUUUGGGAAAACACUCGUUAAAUUAUUUUCUGGCUGCCUCCUCCCCACUAUCAAUCACCACCGCCGCCGACCAGACGAGUAUUACACCCUCCCUUACGUUCAACGCGCUUCGCAUCGCAAAAGUUGUCUCUCGCUUCCCCUGCGCAAAAGGUUAAACUUUAACGACUACCCGGAACCCGAAAGCCGAUCUCUUUUUUGCGCCCGCGCGCGCGCCCGGUACCGAUUCCGCCCGAAUAGACAUACAGCACCCCCGGAUCCCCGGACUCGAUGGCUGCGGCCAACAACGAUGAUGAUGUCGAGAGGCAGCAGUUGCACCCUGAGCCUCAGGCGGCAGAGGCCGAGAAGCCGCGCCCGACGACGGUUCAGCGGGGAGGAUUACACCCCAUCUUUUACAUCUUAGCGUGGAUUUUCUUUUCCAACUUGACGAUUCUGUUCAACAAGUGGAUGAUUGAUGGGAGGGGGUUCAAAUAUCCCGUGAUCCUCACCUGCUGGCACCUCGUCUUCGCAACCGUAGCAACCCAAAUCCUAGCCCGCACCACCCACCUCCUCGACGGCCGCAAGAACAUCAAAAUGACCGGCCGCAUCUACCUCCGCGCCAUCGUCCCCAUCGGCCUCCUCUACUCGGCCAGCCUGGUCUGCUCCAACAUGGUCUACCUCUACCUCUCAGUCGCCUUCAUCCAGAUGCUCAAAGCCGCCGCCCCCGUCGCGGUCCUGCUCACGGCCUGGGCCUGGGGGGUCGAGGAGCCCUCGCUCAAGCGCUUCCUCAACAUCCUCUUCAUCGUCGCCGGCGUCGGUCUCGCUUCCCUAGGCGAGAUCAACUUUUCCAUGGCUGGUUUCCUGUUCCAGGUUGGGGGGAUCGUGUUUGAGGCUAUGAGGUUGAUCAUGAUUCAGGUUUUGCUGAGCGGGGAGGACAUGAAGAUGGACCCGCUGGUGAGCUUGUAUUACUACGCUCCCGUCUGCGCGGUGAUGAAUGUGAUUGUGGCUAUUGGGAGCGAGGCGAACAGGUUUGACUUUGGGGAUGUGGGGAGGGCGGGGGCGGGGUUGUUGGUGCUGAAUGCGAUGGUGGCGUUUAUGUUGAAUGUUUCGAGUGUUUUCCUCAUCGGAAAGACCUCGGGGCUGGUAAUGACCCUGACGGGCAUCCUCAAAAACAUUUUGCUGGUCAUCAUCUCGGUCAUGAUCUGGAAGACAAACAUCACGGCGAUCCAGUUUGUGGGUUACGCCAUCGCCACGGCAGGGUUGGCGUAUUACUCCCUCGGGUGGGAGCAGACGGUUGCCAUCUCGGUCGGUGUCUGGGUGUACGCCAAGAGCUUGUGGGAGAGGGUGGCAGGGAGUUACUCGCCGCUCAGCCAGGGGGAGGGAGGAGGAAGUCAAGAAGGAACGGGGAGGUUACCUGCGGCUGUGAAGAGGGCGUUGAUCAUGGGGUUGGUUGUUGUGACGGUGGUGGUGCUGGUGGCUGGGUUCCUUUAUGGGAGCGGGGGGCCGGCUACGGGGCCGGUGUCGAAGGAGGUUGAGGAGAUUGGGCAGGGGGCAUAA